AUGGAGGGUGAAUCUUCAAUGGCUGCUGCGCAAUCACUGCAAGUCAUGAAUCAGACUUUUAAUAGGUUAGAACGAUUUGAAGGAGAGGGUUUUACUCGUUGGAAGGAAACCCUCAAAUUCAAUCUUCUGUUUCUGAAACUUUGGUACAUUCUGGAAUAUGGGUUAGAGGCCAUUCCUGCUGCUACUGACAAUGACGAUGAGGAAUUAAAAAAAAGGCGAAAGAAGCGUGAAGAAGAUGAUUUCAUGUGCCGAGGUCAUAUUCUGAAUGCUUUGGGGUUGAACGUUUACAAUGCUCAUCGUACUUAUGGAGCUGCGAAGGAACUAUGGACUGCACUGAAGAACAAAUACAAGAUUUCUGAGGCCAGUAACAAGAAGUUCCUGAUUUACAACUUUAUGGAUUGGAAAAUGGUUGACAGUAAGUCUAUCAUUGCCCAGGUCAGUGAUCUUUUGCUUAUUGUUAAUCAUCUUAAAGAUGCUGGUAUUGAUCUUGUAAGUUCAUUCAUUGUUGUGGGUAUUAUUUCUCGUCUCCCUCCUUCAUGGAAUAGUUACAAGAAGAAACUUAAGCAUGCUGAAACUGACUAUGACUUAGAAGGCUUGCAACGUUAUCUUCACAUUGAAGAGGAUGUUUGUAAGCGUGAGAUUAAGGAUAGUCAGCAAACUGAAAAUCAUUCUAAGAUUAAUAAUGUGCAAGAAUCAAAAACUUCGAAUUCUUUGAAAGUUUAG